AAGAUUCUGUUAAUGUAACUUUACAAUAAAGUAGAAUUAGCUUAUCCAGUCUUGUUUCCUGUCUGGUCUACCUGGUAAGGGUGACAUAUUUUCUCUUAGGGUCACAGUCUUUUGGGAGCCACCUGAUAGGUGGGGCAAAACGUAGGAAAGUGGAGCAGGGGCACACUCAUUCUGUCUCUCAUAUCCCCUUCUUUCUCACUCCAUUUUUUCUUUCUCCCAAGUAGUGGAUUGUAGGAAAAAGAGAGAGUGCUCUCACCAACUGUCUUAGGACAGCUACCUCUCACACAGUCAGUGAGAAACCAGAUAACCCUUGCAAAAUCAAAGGAUAAUUAGACCAGAAUGCACAGAAGAGGGGGGCAAAAGGUUGUUAUGUGCGGCAGGAAGAAAAAAGAAAUACAAGAGAGUUGGAACAUUGUUUCUAUGUAUAGGCCUAGUUCUUGAACCACCAAAGUUGUUGAAUUUUUUGGGGUUAUGGCUUCCUAACUUUCUUCCAUAAAUAUCACUAGUCAUAAGUUCUUGGAUUUCUUAUGAGGUUGCCAAAGUGGUUUGAGUCCUGCUUGCUACCUGAAGCCUGUCACACUUGAACUGAUCCUGCAGAGACCUUUUGAAAAGAGACUGAGGCCAUAAGCAGCUGUAGGAACGCAGAGUGCUUACCUCUGGAGAAGACCUGGUUCCAUGAUAAAUGUGAGCCCCAGCAAGGAGAUCAAGAUUGUCUCUGCUGUGAGAAGAAGUAGCAUGAGCAGCUGUGGCAGCAGCGGGUACUUCAGCAGCAGCCCGACCCUCGGCAGCAGCCCACCUGUCCUCUGCAACCCCAAAUCUGUAUUAAAGAGAACAGUGACUCCUGAGGAACUCUUGAGGCCUGGGGCUCCCUAUGCCAGGAAAACAUUCACUAUUGUAGGUGAUGCUGUUGGUUGGGGAUUUGUGGUGCGUGGGAGUAAACCCUGCCACGUGCAAGCUGUGGAUCCCAGUGGGCCAGCAGCGGCAUCAGGGAUGAAGGUUUGUCAGUUUGUGGUUUCGGUGAAUGGGCUCAAUGUUCUCCAUGCAGAUUACAGGACUGUGAGCAAUCUCAUCUUAACUGGUCCUCGGACCAUCGUCAUGGAAGUGAUGGAAGAAAUCGAGCCUUGAGAUAUAUUCCUGAUCUGCUGCUCCACCAUUGUGGAUUUAGCUACUGUGCAAAUAGAAGCAAAGUUAUACAAGGGGAUAAAAACAUACUUUUUCUCAGAGAUCAGUUUUGCUUCCUAAGUACUUUCCUCCCCUCCUUUAAUGAUAGAGUCUUCAAUGGAUGUAGUCUAAGACCAUGGGUGCACAUUGGUGAGUCUAAACUACAGAAGCACAAAUCAGCUUGUGCUACACAAAGGAAUGGUUACAGAUCCAAGUCAUGGCAAGCUUAGACGGUCAGUUUCAUGGAUGGGCAAGGUCUGAUGCAGCUGUGAAAUCUCACAUUAGGAAUCACGUCUGUGCCAAGCUCCUCAAUGUCAUCUUGUUUUUCUUUUAAUUCACAUUUUAAUUUGGGAUUGUACAGAUUUAGCCCAGGUCUUUCAAUGUAAUGUCUCCAGGUACAUUAUGACCACAACUUCCAGAAUUCCUCAGCAGAACCAACAGGUGAAUUUGUGGAGAAUUCAAGAAGUUUGGGUCCAGUUUGUUUGGAACAUGCUCCAUUGGGGCAGGUUGACUUAGAGCAUGCCCAUCCAUUUUAAGGAUCUGGUAGCAAUUUCAGUUCAAAUAUAUGGCUAGAAGUAAACUUUUAUUUUGAAAGAAAAAUGGUUACAGACUUGGUUCCAAGGAAGGCCCAUUCCUACUUCCUGAACAAAUUAUGCAACAGAAAGCAAGUGUACAUUUUAAACAUGCUGUUUUUGCAUAAUUAAGUCUGUUUUGUAGCCAAGGAUCUUGAAAAGCUAAACCAGUCAGACCUGUUUAGUUCUUUAAUAGAAGACCACUAGCAAACCCUGGGUCUGUGUGUUAGACCGGGAAGUUGAGAAACUAUCCAAAAGAAAAUGAUGGUAAAUUACUUCCAUAUUGUUGCCAACAAAAUGAUAUGGCUGUAUCCAUGUAGUCUAUCACAGUCAAGCUCAGCUCAAGGGAACCGUUAUCCUUUUAUCUAUGAAGAUGGAGAAGAAACUUUAUCAAGUACAGAAGCCCUGCCAUCAUCUUGAUGAAAAUCUCACUGAAGAAUAUAGUAGAGCAGACAGAAUUCACUCCCUGAUGCACACCACACAGUCCAGUCUUGCACAAGACAUAUGAACCUUAGUAUGAUGUGCUACCUACUUCUGGACCACCUGGGGCCAUCAGCUUACGUUAUAAUUUAGCUGACAUGCACUUUGUUACAAUUUAGAUAUGCUUUUAUAAAUAAGGUGGGUAAAUAUCGAUGCCACAAUUUUAGGACAUCCAAGAUUCCGAGGUUUUUUUUUGAAUACAUCUAUAAUAUUGCAAAAAGCAAGUCAAUCAACUCUUGUUUCGACAGUUAUAGAAACCUGACAAAAUCCCUUGUGCUACAGCAAAUAAAGUGGAAUCUUAUAAGCCAUGCA